AUCGUGAUAGCCUCGAGACGCAGCUGUGCUGGGAGUUGUGAAUCAACACGACAGGAUGCGAUAAUACGCAGACACCGUUCGGCACAUGCUAACAUCUUGGCCGCAUGAUUAUAAUCGCACCUCAACUCUCACCGAUACCCUUUCAGGAACGACUCUGGAGUCUAGCAUCAGACCCCUACGCACAUUCUGGCGCUGACUGGCUCCAAGUUGUCGACCCAAGGUCGGAUCAAGCCAGGCGGGCGGCCGCGGCCCGUCGACCGCAAGUCUCCACCCUCCCGCCUCCAGACUCCAGAGUCCAGCCCAGACAUGGACUCCAGGGACCAGAGCCCGCCAUCAUGUACAAGUACGUACGGACGCCGCAUGUACGUACUGUCGAGGCGGCCCCGAGUCCGAGUACCUAUUACCAGCGCCAGCUGGCUGGGUUACGUUACCAUUGGCGCGGCCCAAUGGGCGACAGUGGCCUGCGCCAAUCCCAAAUCCCAAAUCCCAAAUCAAAUCCAGUCCCCUGUCCGUUCCGCUGGGCUGCGAGAGUAUCCCUCAGACCAGUGAGCAACAAUUCAGCACGGGCUGUCCUGAUGCUUUACUGCGCAUUCCCUCACCGAGUCUCUCUUUCCUCAGCAGAAGACUCGCGAGAUAAUAUCGCUGUCAACACAUCCCUAGUCGGACCAGCUGCAGCUGCAUUCACGGCCGCAACACAGCAUUUGCCGCUCGAGUAACCUGCCCGACCGCUUUGACAGUCUGACGACAGCUGCAACGAGCGCGGCAGCCGAAAGUCUCACGACGCAUUUUUGGCGCCCCCUCCUCCUCCUUGGUGCUACCGGAUCGUUCAACAUCAGCGUUCGUCACCAGUUGGCAUUUCUACUACGUACCCAGUCGACUACCGCCUGACCAGCCUCGCCAGUUUGAUCCAGAGGCCUGACGCCGCUUCUGCUUGCGCCAAGGUGCUCGCUCCCCGGCUGCCCCAUACGUAUGCUGAUCGGUCCGUGACGGGGAAAAGCGCACUGAGCACCUCAACUUAGCAUCUGACCUGGAUCGUCUCUUUGUGGUGAUUCUGGUGG